AUGGAUAUUUGCAUUAGCCAUCUUUACAAUAGACAAAUCAGAAAGAAUAUAUUGCAGGAUGUUUUUUACAAAUUAGAGAAUUACGACAAUGAAGAAUUUUUAAGCUUCGACGUAAACUCAAGCGGGAGUCUUCUCGUGGCCGCGUCCAAGAGGUCCCUUUACUUUUUUCACAUUUUAACGGGCACCUUACUACUGCAACAUAGCUAUUACGAUGAAGAUGAGAAGGAAGAUUAUCUGAAGCGGAAUAUUUUGGAGGAGGGUAAAAUACAUUCCAAUACGUGCAGUGGGAUGAAUGAUAGGGACAGCAGCAUGAGUGGAAAACAAGAGGGGGUCAAAAGUCUCGGGGUCGAUGAGGGGAAUGAAUAUGACAAUCAGAUCGAGAAUGAGAAUAGUACGAGCGGAAACAUUACAAGAAACGAAAAAAUCAAAAGCGGUGAGUUUAGUAACAUCCUGGAUAACAUUCACAGGAGGGAGGUUGGAAGUGCAAGCGGGGUUGGCAAACCGGCUGAUGCUGAGCGCGCCAGCCAUAUUGACAGCGGUAAUAAUGUUGAUCAAGCUAACUGUGUUGAUCAUGCGAACUAUCUUGAUGAUGCCAAGCAUAUUGAUGGCGCCAAACAUAUUGACCCCUUCGCCUUGUGCUACCACCUGGGGAACAACAAGGCCAGACGAAGCCCCAACUGUGACGAGGAUCUGAAGACCACCAAAGAGGAAGAAGAGAGUGGCGCGACCCCAAAUACAGCAAUUCAAAAUGGAUACGGCAUUCCCGAGAAUUUUCUGACACAAAAUGAUUCCCUCUGUAACAAUGACUCUGUAAAAUCACAUAAGAAGAGGAUCUUUUCACCUAAGGGGGAGAAGUCGAAGAAAGUGAAAAAACGUUCGAGACAAUCCCAGAGAAAUCUGAGCAAAAGCGGAGAAAACAUAACAAAUUCAAGAAGCAGAAAUAACGAAAGCAACAGUAGGAAAAGUGCAGACGAUAAAUUUGAAGAUGAAGAUUUACAUAUAAUGAAAAUACAAUUUAUAAAAAAUGACAAGUAUCUACUAUGCUUAUCGAAGAGAUACUUGUACAUUUUUAAAAUCUGCCAAUUUCCCAUCACCAAAAUAGUGUACAUCGAUUUGUUAUAUCUUUGCAUUGGAAUCGAAACGGUCAUUUCAAAGAAGCUCUUUUUUCCUUGCUUUUUUUCUGAGUAUUUUUAUCUUCUUUAUAAGGAAAAUGAAAUUAAACAAAGGGAAGACGGGAGUCUCCUGAACAAUAGUAGUUUAAGUAACGAUUUUUCGCAACACUUUGGGUCCAAUUCUCACGUCUCUAUAAAUAAAUGCGAGAAAAUCUCUGAGUGCAGUAAAAAUUAUAAAGAAAUAGAAUCGCCCCCCCAUGGAGGCUACCCACACGAAGCAACACCAAUGAAGGGUCAUUUAAGCCUUUUCAAAAAUUAUUAUAAAUUAUACACAAGUUUGAACCUAAGGAAAAUUAGAAAGUUUGAAAUAUGCGAAGUAAAGUGCGUGGAUUUUAAGAAGAAAAGGCGCUCCUCCGGGGAUGAAGCGGGGAACUUUUACGUCCUAGAUCUUCUUUUGUGUCUGAAAGAGCAAAUUCCGUACGUGUCAAGGGUGUAUGUGGAGGAGAUGAACUACCCAAGUGGCCAAUACCGAACUACCCUGAGUGGUCAAUACGCGACUUCCCAGCCUGACCUACAUCCCCUUGCUCCCUGUGCAGAACGCAUGAACGACUUCAUCGUCGACGUUAAUGAGACGCACCCCAUCAUCUCGUACGAACGGAUGAACUUCACAUUUCAGGAAAUGGCCAGAGAGAGCUACUUCCAUGCAAGGAGAGACAUGUUUUAUUCGAAGAGUAAGUCGAAGAAUAAGAAAAAAUAUGUGAAGGGGGGUGGGUCGAAAAAUUUGGAUUAUAACGAGGUCAAUGGUGUGAGCAAGGUGGAGUGCUCCGAGGGGAGGCUAGGAGAGGCAAUCCUUAGCGAAGCGGUGGUUGAGGGGGGGGGCGCCAUAGAUCUCGUUAGUGCAGUGACUACCCGAAUGCCCAGCGGAUUGCCCAGUGCAACGCCGAGCGAAGUUACAAUAGGAGAUGGCAAAACGGUGGACCCCGCGGAGAUCUACCUCAGCAGCAGGAAAAUUCUCGCCAGUGAGAGCCAAAGAGAGGGAGCAAGCGUCUGCGAAGAGAAGGACGAAGAAGCCAUGCAAUUGAUCAAAUUUUUCGAAAAUUAUGAAGAUAGUCGGAAAUUUUUAAAACAGAUGCUGAGUGGAUAUUUCCCCAUCUGUGUGUACAAAAAAAGGAGCAGCAGGAGGUCCAAGGAAUUACCAACGACGUUGAAUAUAUACGACAAUUUGAAUGUCCUUCUUAAAGGAGCUACUCUAAGGGGUAACAUUCCCAGAGGGGAGGAGAAAAACGAGGAAAUUUUCGAAAAGGAAAAUGACUACUACAUUUUUGACUACUCCGGGAGGGAAAAAACGGACUACUUUAAUUUUCCUCACAGUUUGCUAAAAGAUAAGAACAGCUUGAAAAACAUCAAUAAGCAUAGGAACAUAGACAAAGACAAGCAUUACAUAUAUGUGGGAACCCCUUCCUAUAUCCUCGCAUUCGAAAUGCACUACGUGAAACGGCGCACCACUUUGGACGAACAGGGAAACAAAGAAGCGGAGUCGCUAAAAAGGAAUAACAUAGUAUAUUCCAAAAUUGAAUGCAUAUCGGAUGAAAUUUACAGGACGUACGAUAAUUACUUAAGGGAGGUACAGGACAGAAAUCUUCUUGAAGAAAAUAUAGAGUUAAGUUUUCUUUUUAAAAUAUACCUGGGGAUAACGACACCGCUGGGUAUUGCCAUAAGGGAGAAGGGGAAUCUACUCUGUGUAAGGACAUCGGAAAAGGUGUUCUUGUACAAGGUUACCUACAAGUAUAGUGUCCGCUGCAUGGGAGGGGUUUCCUAUUCGAAUCAGAUGUCUGUAUCGGAUGAGAAGAAUUUCCUGCAGAAAUGCACAACAGGGGGGGCGCCGUCCCAGUUGGAAAAUAACAUUACUGCCGGAACAGUGGUAAACAAGAGCUCUCCAACGCAAGGGGAAAAACACGAUAAUGUCUACAGCUACAUCGAUCGGAUAUGCCUCUAUCACACAAUUCAUAAUCCAAUUCAGAAGGAAGUGUAUGAGUUGUGCUGUUUCAGUGAAAACAUUUACCAAUCUUACCUGCUUGUUCUGUCGUUAAAGUCUGGGCAAUAUACACUAUACAUUUACGAUUUGAAGCACAUGGAUUUACAGAAUGCAGUUAAGGUAAAUAUCUCCGUUUACAAAGGAUUCAAACAGAUAAAGUGGAUAAAAUGUUAUGACAUGCUAGUGGGCCUUCCCAAUAUAGGGAGUUACCUACUAGUAUUAAAAAACAAACACCUAAAUAAUUGGAGCUUCUUCAUCUCCGACUUUGAAUUGAUAGAUUCCAACAUCGAAGUUAUCGAGGAAGAAAACGAAUUUGACAUAAUAGAAAAUAUUCAACCGAAACAUAAAAAUAUAGAUGAUAAUAUUUGGAAGUAUAUUAUUAUUUACAUAAAUUUAUUUAUAAAGAAUAAAAUUAGCAUUCAGAAUUUAAGCCACCCAUCGUCCAUCUUUCCAAUUCUAUAUACAGGGUAUUAUAAGAACAGCCCCAUGUAUUUUUUUUACAAAUCCUGUUAUGAUUUUGGUAAAGACAAUUUCCUCUGUUACGAGGUGGAUGAGUCUACAGAGCAGGAGUCGCAGCAAGAGGGGAAAUGGAGGAGGAAAAAAAAAAAAAAAAAAAAAUGGAAAAAGGGAAAGAACAAGGGAACGAACAACGGAAAGAACAAGGGAACGAACAAGGGAAAGAAAAGGAAAAAGGAAAAAAAAACAAACAAAUGGAGGAGAAAAGAAAGCGUUCAUUUUUACGAAUAA